AUGGAAGAUAUCAAAAGAAACAAUAAGUCAAGAGUGAAAAUAACGAACUUCGUAAUUGGCUUGGCUAAGUUGAAGCUUGUGGGAUUCCUGGGAGUUGAUGGCUCAGCUGCGAAUUCAGAAGCCAGCAAGGAACCUGGCUCCAAAAAGAGGGGAAGAUGUGAGUCAUCCUCUGCCACUAGCUCGAAAGCAUGUAGAGAGAAGCAGCGACGUGACAGGCUAAAUGACAAGUUUAUGGAAUUGGGUGUAAUUUUGGAGCCUGGAAACCCUCCGAAAACAGACAAAGCUGCAAUCUUGGUUGAUGCUGUCCGCAUGGUGACGCAGCUACGAGGCGAGGCCCAGAAGUUGAAGGACUCUAAUUCAAGUCUUCAGGACAAAAUCAAAGAGCUAAAGACUGAGAAAAACGAGCUGCGAGAUGAGAAACAGAGGCUGAAGACAGAGAAGGAGAAGCUGGAGCAACAGCUGAAAGCCAUGAAUGCUCCUCAGCCAAGCUUUUUCCCAGCUCCACCUAUGAUGCCAACUGCUUUUGCUUCUGCUCAAGGGCAAGCUCCCGGAAACAAGAUGGUGCCGAUCAUCAGUUACCCAGGAGUUGCCAUGUGGCAGUUCAUGCCUCCUGCUUCAGUCGAUACUUCUCAGGAUCAUGUCCUUCGUCCACCAGUUGCUUAA